AGAUCUUUCGAUGAUGUGCGCUACAGAGAAGGUGUCUGUGGCAACUUUGUCAAUCUCAAAAUGAUGUAUCGGCUCAAUCUCUCGAAGGUGCUCGUAGGAGUAGAGUGUGCAUGCGUCCGUUCAUAGAGAUGAGUAUAUGUCCGUAUGAUCAUGAAAAAAUAACUCAGGGCAAGUAGUGAAAGGACGCGUCCAUUUGUAUGUCUUGAUGCGCAAUCCAGCAUUUUCAUUUUUCAACGGCUAGUCUAUUUUUUUCCCCCGGAGCUCGUCUAUCUUUCUUCCCACGGCAUUGAAGUGUGGAAUCAGUCAUCCUCGAGAAGGCCGAAGCUGUCACAGAUCCAAGAUCCAGAGUGUGGGCUCACGUGCACGGGAAGAAGUGACCACGUGGAUCCCGCCUCUACUAAAGUCUGCCACACAACGUCCAUAAACCGCGACGACCUGGGCGGCAACCAUCGACCGUAUCCGUAAUUCCGUAUCACACUCACACCAUGGCCGGCGACACGGCACCGCACGUCGUGGAGGAUCUCCUCGGCGUCGUCCAGCUCCUCAGCGACGGCUCCGUCGUCCGCGGCGACGAGUCCGUCCUCGGCCCAAAGGAGCCGCUCCCGGACGUCCCCGGCGUGGAAUGGAAGGACGUGGUGUACCACGCGGCGCACGGCCUUCGUGUCCGCGUCUACAGGCCGGCGUCGUCGUCUGGGACCGGCAGCGUCAAGCUCCCGGUGCUGGUGUACUUCCACGGCGGCGGCUACUGCCUCGGCUCCUUCGCGCAGCCGCCCUUCCACGCGUUCUGCCUCCGCUCCGCCGCCGAGCUCCCGGCCGUCGUGCUGUCCGUGCAGUACCGCCUCGCCCCCGAGCACCGCCUCCCCGCCGCCAUCGACGACGGCGCGCAAUUCCUCUCCUGGCUGCGCUGCCAGGCCGAGCUCGGCGCCGGCGCCGACCCGUGGCUCGCGGAGUCGGCGGACUUCGCCCGGACCUUCAUCUCCGGCGUGUCGGCGGGCGCCAACCUGGCCCACCACCUCACCAUCCAGGUCGCCACGGCGCGGCUCCCGGUCAGCCCCGUGCGCGUCGUCGGGUACGUACUCCUCUCCGCCUUCUUCGGCGGCGCCGAGCGCACGGCGUCGGAGGCCGACCCGCCGGCGGGCGUGUCCCUGCCUGUGGAGAUAUGCGAGCAGCUCUGGCACAUGUCGCUUCCGGUCGGGGCGAGCAGGGACCACCCGGUGGCGAAUCCUUUCGGGCCGGAGAGCCCCAGCCUCGCGCCGGUGGAGCUCCCGCCGGCUCUCGUCGUGGCGCCGUUGGGUGACGUGCUCCGUGACCGCGUGCUGGGGUACGCGGCGAGGCUCAAGGACAUGGGGAAAGACGUCGAGCUUGCCGAGUUCGAGGGACAGCAGCAUGGCUUCUCUGUUCUUCAGCCAUUCGGCAAGGCGGCCGACGAGCUGAUGCGAGUCCUCAGGCGGUUCGUGUACCAAGGUGACACGAACGCUGAGCGCUGAUGUGCUGGUGAAUGGUGAUCUCCUAAUGCUACUGUUUAUGUUCUGAUAGCUACUGUUUCGAUGUUCUGAACUUCUGACAAGGGUCGGAGACUGUACUAGAUAUUGGAUAUUCUGUGUCUGGAAAUAAAUUAUAAAUCUUAUUUUGAUUUUCA